UAGGUCUGACACAACGGAAUUGUGUCACGUGGGGCGUCGUCGGCCGGCGCGGAGGUCGCUGGAGUCCAAGAUGGCGGCGGAGCUAGUGGAAGCGAAGAACAUGGUCAUGAGUUUUCGAGUAUCAGAUCUUCAGAUGCUUCUGGGAUAUGUUGGACGCAGUAAAAGUGGUUUGAAGCAUGAGCUUGUCACUCGUGCAUUGCAACUGGUGCAGUUUGAUUGCAGCCCUGAAGUCUUCAAGAAAAUAAAGGAGCUUUAUGAGACUAGGUAUUCAAAGAAGGUCACUGAUGUUGUUCCUGCUGCCCCAGUGCCACAACCACACCGUUCACCAGACUCUUUGGCUGUCCAUCCAUCUUAUGACCAUGGAACAUCGGGCCCAAGGACUUCUCUUUCUCCACCUAACAUGGACUACCCAGCCCUCUAUGGCAAACAUGUUAAUGGCCUUUCCCGUAUACCUCCCAAAAUAAUGACCAAACCUGAGGUUCGACUUGUGAAGCUGCCCUUUUAUGAUGUAGUGGAUGAACUUUUAAAACCAACGGAGCUUGUUGCACAGAACAGUGAAAAACUCCAAGACAGUCCCUGUGUUUUUGUGCUGUCUCCAAGACAAGUGGACCUAAUAAAAAAUUCAAGGGAUUUGCAUCCUGGCACUAAAUCUGUUCAGGUUGUCUUGAGGAUUUGUUACACUGACACUAGCUGUCCACAAGAGGAUCAGUACCCUCCCAACAUUGCUGUAAAGGUCAAUCACAACUAUUGUUCAGUGCCGGGUUACUACCCCUCCAAUAAACCUGGUGUUGAACCCAAGAGGCCGUGCCGCCCUAUAAAUCUUACUAAUCUCAUGUAUCUGUCUUCAGCUAGCAACAGAGUUACGGUCACCUGGGGAAACUAUGGCAAGAGUUAUUCUGUGGGCUUGUAUUUGGUGAGACAGAGAACCUCAUCUGAACUUUUACAACGUUUAAAAACCAUCGGUGUGAAACAUCCAGAAUUGUGCAAGACCCUUGUUAGGGAAAAACUGCGUCUCGACCCAGAUAGUGAGAUUGCGACCACUGGUGUAAGAGUAUCACUUAUUUGUCCGCUUGUAAAGAUGCGCUUAACUGUACCAUGUCGAGCAGAGACCUGCGCUCACCUGCAGUGCUUUGAUGCAGUCUUCUAUUUACAAAUGAAUGAAAAGAAACCAACAUGGAUGUGUCCUGUGUGUGACAAACCUGCUCAAUAUGAUCAACUUAUAAUUGAUGGACUUUUGUCAAAGAUCCUCAGUGAGUGUAAGGAUGCCGAUGAAAUUGAAUUCCUGGUUGAUGGGUCUUGGCGUCCAAUAAAAGCGGAGAAAGAGAGGAGCAGCAGUCCACUCUGUCCUAUUCUUGAUUUAGGCUCUCCGGAAAUGACUGCAAAGGUCCCCCCUCCUAGCAGCACCGUAUCAACUGAGAAUGGAAAGCCUGGGCCAGAUGUGGUUGAUCUGACACUGGACAGCUCUUCGUCUUCAUCGUCCUCCUCUGAAGAAGACGAGGAAGAGGAGGAGGAGGACCGUCCAUCACAUAAGAGACGCUGCUUUGAAAAAGGACUCUUAUCAGCUUGCUGACCCCCCCCCCCCCCCCCCCUCCCCUCCUGCUUUCUUACACUGAACUUGGACUUAAUUGCAAACAGAUGCAGCUGGGUGCUGUUAUAUCCCCUCUUCCUACCAAGACCUGUAUGCAUCACAAUUUUUGCAAUGUCCCUUGUACAAUUUAGGAGGCAUAGAACAUCAUGUUGACCUUCAGUGGGCGAAUACUCGGUCUUCAUUCCCCCCUUUUAUUUUUAUUAUUUUUUCUAUUUUAAUGAAAUGUAUAUUGACAGUGGGCCCAGGAGACAGACUGAGGGGAGAAACCAUUCCAUGCCUCCUUAUCAACCACUCUCCUUGCCUUUAGAAACACAUUUGAAAUGCAGACUUUUUCCCCCCUUUGCUCUCAUGUAUGAGCAGUGAAGGGGCACAGUAGUAUAGUUAAAUAUUUGGAACAAUUGGAUUGUCAUUCAAGGGAUGUGAAUGUUGGUGGGAAAAUAAAUGCAAAAGAUUAAUACUGUAAAUACCGUAUCUAUUUAGAGAUGAACUUUGAUGAUGACACAGCCAUUAUGGGAUUGAAAGAAUGGCCGGCUCAAUAUACUAACAUCCUGCAGAUAUGUGGGAGUGGGGUUUUAUUCUUCAGUCUGUUUAGUAAUAUGCAAAAGCGGGGGGGAGGGGGGGUGCAGAUUUUUGUAAGCAACAUUGAGGGUGGGAGAGGGGUUUACACAAUGCUUUCAGUCAAACUACCUCUCUGCUAUUCAGGUUUUUGUUUGUGCUAGUUAGGGGAGGGGUAAAUGCUGCUCUAGACCUCUUUCUUUCUCCUCCCCACAAUAAUCCUCCUUAUUACAUCCUUCACUCUGCUGCCCCCUCGCUCCACACAGUCUGUUCUCAUACCAUAGGAAAAUUUUAAGAAAAAAAUGCUAUGGAGAGGGUUCAAAUUAUAUAUAUGCACUUGCUAAGGGGUCCAUUAGGGUAAGAUGUCCUAGCAGUCUUCUUCAUUUCGUAGGUGAAUGCAUUUGCAGAGUCCCAGCAUACUACACACAAGGUGCACACAUCAUAGAUUUUCAUGUACUUCUGCCCUCACCAGAGCCUUAUUUUUAUUAUCUUUAGUCUAGUCAUAUGUGGGUAGGUGAC